GAUGUUUGUCACCACGCUCAACCUACUGGAAUCGUCGCUCCAGAAGGUACCACUUACACUACUGAAUACGGUACUGUUGUAGUCACCGUUACAUGCACCGAAGACGUUUGCCAUCAAAGCAUCCCAGCAACCACUGUUGCUUCAGUUGUUACAUCUAGUGUUCCAGUUGUUACAUCUGGUGCUCCAGUUGUUUCUUCUGUGUCUACUAUGUAUUACACUCAAGGCUCUGGUAAUGCUUCCAACGAAACCAUUCCAGUCUACGAAGGUAUGGCCUCUUCCGCUAAGAUGGUUCCAUUCUUAGCUGUUAUUGCCGCCAUCGCCAUUACAUUGAUCUGA